AUGGCUAAAGUGCUUCAGUCAGGUCUAUAUUGGCCCACACUGUUCAAAGAUGCCCAAUACAUAGUCAAGGAGUGUGACAGAUGUCAAAGAACGGGGAAUAUUUCUAAGAGAAAUCAAAUGCCGCAAAACGCUAUGCUGGAAGUUGAAUUUUUUCAUGUAUGGGGAAUAGACUUCAUGGGGUCGUUUCCAUCUUCACGUGGAAAGAAUUAUAUCUUGGUAGCAGUGGACUACACAUCAAAGUGGGUGGAAGCGGUGGCAUUGCCCACCAAUGAUUCUAAAGUGGUAUCCAACAGGCAGAUAAAACAAAUACUGGAAAAGACUGUAUGGGCAUCUCGAAAACACUGGGAAGUGAAGUUGGAAGAUGCACUAUGGGCAUAUAGAACGACAUUUAAAACGCCCAUAGGUAUGUCUCCCUAUCAGUUAGUUUAUAGUAAAGCUUGUCACUUGCCACUAGAGUUGGAGCACAAAGCAUUCUGGGCAUCCAAAUUCUUAAAUUAUGAUCGUGUCAAAGCUGGUGAAUCCCGAAUUCUUCAGCUCCACGAGUUAGAAGAGUUUAGGAAUCAAGCCUAUGAGAAUGCCAAACUCUAUAAGGAGAAGACAAAAAAUGGCACGAUCAGAAGCUACAGAGAAAGGAGUUUGUCAAGGGACAACUGGUGCUCUUGUUCAAUUCCAGGAUAA